AUGAAAUUAUUUUCAAAAUCUUCUUUGAAAAAUCUAGCUCUUUCGGAACUUUCCGAAGGACUGCAAAGGAAGAGUUCAUCGUCCGAAGAAUCCUUCUCUUGUGAAGGAAUAAAUUCAGUAGCCGGCCACGCCAUCGAGGUGCGCUACACGGCCAGCGCCGCCACACACACGACACUCGCGCUCAGCGUCUGCGAGCUGCACGCGCUCCAGCACGACGCCGUGCCUUGCUUAGGGCGCUCCAACCCCGACGCCGUGCCUUACUUACGGCGCUCCAACCCCGACGCCGUGCCUUGCUUAUGGCGCUCCAACCCCGACGCCGGGCCAUGCUUAUGGCGCUCCAACCCCGACGCCGUGCCUUGCUUAUGGCGCUCCAACCCCGACGCCGGGCCAUGCUUAUGGCGCUCCAACCCCGACCUCACGGGCGAGGACGUGACGAAGUCUGGCCAUGCAGGGCCACUGAGCGCUCUAACGCUCAUGGCGCCUCGAGGCUAUAGAGACGAAGAUCAGGUCCAGCACAACAAACUGCGAGAUGUUAUAAAUGGCGGGGAAUCCAUCUGCUCCGAGACUCCAUGGCCGCUGCUCCAGUCAUGUACUUCAGACCCCACUCCUGAUAAUAUCAAACGACCGUACUUUUCAUCUCUGAGACGCAAGUCAAAUGAAUUGGCUCCUUUUCUCAACGUCAGUGGUGAAAAAAAGAUAUCGACGUCUCAGCCAGGCUCAAAUGAAAGAAUGGAAAAAGUUGCUUGGUAUUGUGAAGGUCACAACGCUCCCCAAAAAACUGACAUGAUGGAGAAAGACUCAGAAGUUGAUCCCGCAUCAGGAUCGUUGCCUGCUCAGACAAUGUGUUCUGCAUCUCAUGAGUGCAAGGCUCCUAGAUGACAAAAACAAGUUUGAAAAUUUCAACAUUGCAUUUGAAUUUCAAAACUAUUUGUUCGAUGGAACUAUCUAUGAAUUAUCUAAAUAUAUUUUCAACUCA